ACAGAGUUUGAGGAAAAAAAAAUAAGAGUUUGGUUUUCAGCAGAUUGUUAGAGAUGCCUAUUACAGGGUUGGGGAGCACAGCGUUUGGGGACCCAAACGGGCAGAGAAGGAGUCACGCGGAGGUUCUGUGACGGACUGGGGCAAAGGCAGCUGAUUGGAUGUGGGAGAACGACAAGAGUUCUGGUUGCCAAGGCAGCGCCAGAGGAAAACACUUCGGGGUGAGGACUAGGCUGUCGACAGUCCCAUUCCUGGAGGUCUCCCUCAGUCCUUCUGGUGGUUCCCCGCAUCCCUCUUGAAGUCCCUGCUGACCUGUCAGUCGGGAACUGCUCAGACCUUCUUGGGCGCCGCCAAGGGGCGGCGCCCGGCUUUCCACCCGCCGCCGGCGCUCCGCCCCCGGCCCCCUCCUCGGCGUCACCGGCUCCCCGAGGUGAUCACAACAUGGCUGCGGCGCCUUGGCUGCUCUUCUGGCUGCUCCUGCUCGGGCCGCAGUGGCGAGUGCCGGGCCAGCCGGACCCCAGCACUGGCCGGCGCUUCUCGGAGAACAAACUCUGCGCAGAGGACGAGUGCAGCAUGUUAAUGUACCGGGGUGAAGCUCUCGAAGAUUUCACAGGCCCGGAUUGUCGUUUUGUGAAUUUAACAAAAGGUGACCCUGUAUAUGUCUACUAUAAACUGGCAAGAGGAUCGCCUGAAGUUUGGGCGGGAAGUGUCGGGCGCCUUUUUGGAUAUUUUCCAAAAGAUCUAAUCCAGGUAGUUCAUGAAUAUUCCAAGGAAGAGCUACAAGUUCCAACAGAUCUAGUUUCUACAUUGCCUGAUGAUCAGCCUGGGCCCGAUUUUUAUGGACUGCCAUGGAAACCUGUUCUUAUCACUGCCUUCUUGGGAAUUGUUUUAGUUGCUGUUUUCUUCUGGAGAACUAUCCUUGUUGUGAAGAGUAGAGUAUAUCAAGUCACCGAACAGCAGAUUUCUGAGAAGUUGAAGAUUAUUAGGAAAGAAAAUACAGAACUUGAACAGAAAUUGUCAAAUUAUGAACAGAAGAUCAAGCAAUUAAAGAAACAUAUUCAAGAAACCAGGAAGCAAAGAAUGAUUCUCCCUGGUAAAGCAAUUAAAUUUAAGGAUAAAAUCAAGAAACUUGAAAAAGAAAAGGAAAUUCUGGGUGGCAAAGCUAAAAAACUUCGUGUUAUGUUGGAAUCUACGAGAGAACAGAGUGUCAAGAAUCAGGAUUUGAUAUCAGAAAAGAAGAAAUCUAUUGAGACGUUAAAAGAUGUUAUUUCCAUGAAUGCUUCAGAAUUUUCGGAGGUUCAAAUUGCACUUACUGAAGCUAAGCUUAGUGAAGAGAAGGUGAAGUCUGAAUGCCGUCGGGUUCAAGAAGAAAAUGCUAGGCUUAAGAAGAAAAAGGAGCAGUUGCAGCAGGAAAUCGAAGACUGUAGUAAAUUACAUGCCGAGCUCAGUGAACAAAUCAAAUCAUUAGAGAAGUCUCAGAAAGAUUUGGAAGUAGCUCUUACUCACAAGGAUGGUUAUAUUAAUGCUUUGACUAAUUGCAUUACACAGUUGAAUCGAUUAGAAUGUGAAUCUGAAUCAGAGGGUCAAACUAAAGGAGGAAAUGAUUCAGAUGAAUUAGCAAGUGGAGAAGCGGCAGGUGACCGGAAAGAGAAGAUGAAAACUCAAAUUCAGCAGAUGAUGGAUGUCUCUCGGACACAGACUGCAAUAUCGGUAGUUGAAGAGGAUCUAAACCUUUUACGAUCUAAGCUAAGAGCCGCCAGGUCCACUAAAUGUAACCUGGAAGACCAGAUAAAGAAAUUGGAAGAUGACCGCAAGUCACUACAAUCUGCCAAAAAUGGACUGGAAGAUGAGAACAGAACCCUGAGGCAGAAAGUGGAGAUUCUGAGUGAACUGUAUCAGCAGAAGGAGAUGGCUUUGCAAAAGAAAUUAAGUCAAGAAGAGUAUGAGCGGCAAGAACGAGAGCAGAGGCUAUCAGCCGCUGAUGAAAAGGCAGUUUUGGCUGCAGAGGAAGUAAAAACUUACAAGCGGAGAAUUGAAGAAUUGGAGGAUGAAUUACAGAAAACAGAGCGGUUAUUUAAAAACCAGAUCGCCACCCAUGAGAAGAAAGUUCAUGAAAACUGGCUCAAAGCUCGUGCUGCAGAAAGAGCUAUAGCCGAAGAGAAAAGGGAAGCUACCAACUUGAGACACAAAUUAUUGGAAUUAACACAAAAGAUGGCAACGCUGCAGGAAGAACCUGUGAUUGUAAAACCAAUGCCGGGAAGACCAAAUACACAAACCCCUCCCCGGAGAGGUAAGGGAGCACCUUGUGAAGGGCAACAAUCUGUUUGUGGUGUAAAAUGUUCUGUGGACGGGCCUCUGACUCAUCCUCGAUGGUCAGCUGAGGCAUCUGGGAAACCGUUUCCUUCUGAUCCAGGACCUGGUACAGCUGCCAUGAUGAAAAACAGCUCAAGAGGCCCUUCCCCUACCCGGAUGAUGGACGAAAGCAAGCAAACUGUUCUCCAAGAGCCUGAAGUCCGCUCCAUUCCCAACAUUACAUCUUCAGCUGAGCAUCCAGUAGCAGCUAAUACGACUCCAAAAGGGCCCCCUCCUUUCCCAGGAGUCCCUCUUAUGGGCACCCCCAUGGGAGGCCCUGUACCACCACCCAUUCGAUAUGGACCACCACCUCAGCUCUGUGGACCUUGUGGACCUUUUUGGCCUCGGCGAAUUCCUCCACCCUUUGGCCCUGGUAUGCGUCCACCAUUAGGCUUAAGGGAAUUUGCCCCAAGAAGACGGGACGUGCCACUCCACCCUCGGGCAUUUAUACCAGGACAGGCACCCUUUAGACCUUUAGGUCCUCUUGCCCCAAGAGAGUACUUUAUUCCUGGUACCCGAUUACCACCCCCAGCCCAUGUUCCCCAGGAUUACCCACCACCACCUGCCGCAAGAGACUUACUACCGCCAGGCUCUGUAGAUGAGCCUCCUCCUGCCUCUCAGCACUAGUCAGGACUGUGCAUUAUUCAUGACCAGAAAGGACUUCAAAAUCCAAGUGUAUUUUAAAAGAUCUGUUAGAACUAAGCUGCCUUGGCAGUGUGCAUUUUUGAGCCAAACACUUCAUAAAUGUCAUUCCUUCCCUAAAUAAAAAUCACCUUUUAAGCUAUAGCGUCCUUACUACUUUGAAAUGUGCAAUAAAGAAUACUUGUGUUUUAGCUAAUGUGGCAAAAUUUAUUUAGAAUGUCAUGAAAAAUACUAACAUUUUCUGUGGAAAUGCUUUAAGAACAUGUAUUUCCAUCAUCCUGUUUGUAGUGUACACCAGCUGAAUACGGAGCCAUGGUGUUUAUAAGCAUUUUUGUUUUUUUUUUUAAACUAUCUGGUCCCAAAGACUGUUACGCUAAAAAUGUUUACUAAAAGAUCACUAAACUUUC